AUGGCUGACGACGCGGAGACCGAGAAAGCGACGGUAGCAGCGGAAGACGUGGGCAAACCUCCAGAGCUCUCGAAGAGCGCGAGGAAGAAGCUGCAGAAGCAGGAGCGGCAGGCGGAACGUAAGGCAGCCCGGAAGGCGGCGGAGAAGGAGCGCCGGCGCGCCGACGUGGAGCGGCGGAGGCGUGAGUGGGAGGACGCUCUCGCCGCCGCGCCGUCGGAUGAGGCCCGGGCCGAGAUGGUGGCGGCGCGGCGGGAGACGCGGCGCGAGCGGGUGGGCCGGCGGGCGGAGGAGCGCGGGGCGCGAGCUGACCGGCUCAGGCGCGCGGCCGAGGGCGCGGGCCAGAAGGUGGUGCUGGACCUCGAGUUCGCGGACCUUAUGCGGCCCAACGAGAUUCAUAGCCUCACGCAGCAGAUUAUGUACUGCUAUGCAGUGAAUGGGAGAUCUGCAAACCCAGCUCACCUGUGGUUGACAGGUUGCAGUGGAGAAAUGGCGACCCAUCUUCAGAGAAUUCCUGGGUAUGAUAAGUGGAUCAUUGAAAAGGCGGCCAGGCCUUAUAUUGAAGCAUUUGAAGAUCGUAAAGAAAACCUUGUGUAUCUUACAGCAGAUGCUGAGACAGUGCUUGAUGAUCUAGACAUGUCGAAAAUAUACAUCAUUGGUGGCCUGGUGGAUCGAAAUAGAUGGAAGGGCAUAACGCUGAAAAAGUCAGCUGAGCAUGGAAUUCAAUCUGCAAAGCUUCCUAUUGGAAACUACCUAAAAAUGUCAAGUUCUCAGGUUCUUACAGUUAACCAAGUGUUUGAGAUAAUGUUAAAGUUUGUGGAAACAAGGGACUGGAAGACGGCAUUUUUCCAUGUGAUUCCACAAAGGAAGCGAGGAGAAGCUGAAACUGGAGAUGAUGGGGACAAUGGAAGCUUGGAUGAUAAUGAUGGUGCCCCCGAAGGCGCUGCAGAUGGAGACCUUUCCGAGGAAGACCUGAACAAGGGUUUCGACGAGGAGGUGGACGAUGAUGGGGAUGAAGAGCUGGAAGAGGAAGAAACGGAUGUCUCCAACAAGAGGCAGUGUGUUAGAUGCGAAAACAGGGAAGCUGGGGAUCACUCCUCUGGCGCCGUAGCAGAGGCGACAUCAGACGGGGACGCCACGCUCCAGGCUGAGCAAGCCAAGAAAUCAAACAACGUUGGCGGGGACUGA